GGCGCCAUUUAAAGCAUUGACUCUCCCAAAAAAAAAAAGCAAGUACAGUUCGAAAAACUUGACCCUUGGCUUCAUCUUCUCCAUACCGCACUCUCUGUCCUUCAGCACACUUCAAACCUUAAAAUUGAUCAAAAAGCUUCAAUCUUUUGAAGAUUUUAGGCAUAGUUGGUGAAGAAUUUUACUUUGGCGCUUCAGAUUGAACCAGAAUCGCAAGGUCGCGUCGGUGGCUGGAAGUAUUUGUUGAUUGUGACUAAAAUUCCAACCAACUCAGGAAGCGGGGUAAACGGAGCUUUUACAAGGAUGAGUAAAGAUUGUCCAUUGAUGCGGCUUCUCCCCUCCAUUGUUGCGGCAUUUGAGGGGCUAAAGAGUUUGAAGCCUAUCCUGAAACUUCUGUAUUAUUUGAUAUGUUCAUCUUCAAGUUAUGAAGUUUGUCAAGACACUUGUAACAACAGUGCUGCUGAAAAUGGUCUCAAUCUCAAACCUGAAGAUGUGAUUACUCUCUCCAGUAUCUUGUUUAAAGAACUUCAUAAAAGGCUACUAUCUAGCUCAGAUUAUGCAUCCAUGGAUCAAGAUGUUGGAUUGGAUGUAACGAAGUGUAAUGGGAAUGAUUCAAGGGAAGAAUUGCUUUUGCUUCUAAGAUGCUGUGUUCUCUUGGUGAGGUUGCAUCCAUAUGAUCAAAUGCUUACAGAGCAAUUUAAGGCUGCUGUUGCUUUACUGCACAGAUUGUCUGAUCAAGGGAUAUUGACUGCAAAAACAAGAGGAUCUAUCGGGUUUAGUAAACUGAAUACUUCUCAGAGUGCUUAUGGUAACUGCACAAAAUCUUACUCUCCUGAUCUCAAAUCCAAAUCAUCUAAUUUGUACAUGCGUUUUUUACUACAAAUGUUGGAGGUUUAUUUGGAUGAGAUUUUUGCAGACAGACCAUUCCGAGAGUGUAUUGCAAUCUCAGACUCUAUAUCUUCCACCUGCCAAAAUUUGGCUGUGUGGUCUUCUACAAAUAUUGAGAGUGUUCUUGAAAUUAGUGCUGCUCAUUUUCUUUUGUCAUUUUCUGUAGAAGACGUCCUUCAAACUUUUAUUGAAAGUCUAAUUUGGACAGAAAAACCUUCUCUUUUUUCUCCUGAAGUGAGCUUGGCUGUGGCAUCCUCAUUAAUUAAUCACCCUGUCAUGAUGUCUGCUCCAUUACCUCUCCUUUCACAUCUAAUAUCUUUAGUGUCCGAAGUUAUUGGCAUAUGGGUCAGUCCAGAGAAGGUGGUGCCCGAGUUUAGAUGUGUGAAUAUAUAUCUAUCUACGUUUAAUGAUUCAGUCAAUUUGUACUGUGAACACAUGUCUAAGUUGAUGACUGGAAUUAGCCCAGGGAGGAUCGUCCAACGACAUUUUGAGUCUCAUUUCCACUCAGUGAUCUAUGAUAAAAUUAACUUCAUGCUCGUUGAUUUGGAUAAUGCAUGGAGAGAGCGAAGCACCAUGAUGUUUAACAUGACAAUAUCUAGCGUGGCAAUUGAUGCUAUAUCUUACAUAGAGACAAAUAUCUAUAUUGUUGAUAAAACUUACAGAGAUAAUUUGCUCUCCUUUCUUUGCUCAUUGAUAGCAAGACUUAUUUCAGUUGAAGUCAAUGAAGUUUUAUUGCAAAAGUUCAAGGAAAUGGCUAUGCAAGAUUUUUGCCUGCUUGCUUCAAUAUUAAAAUUGAUGAGUUGCUCUUUGUUGCAAGCUACUCACUGCUGUAAUGAGAAUUUGAGUUGUUUAAUAUCAUUAUUAAAGAGAAAAGAUGUAAUUCCAUGUCACAGCUCUCAAGCUGAUCUGAUGAGUUCCUUUGCACAGUACAAUCUCCAUUUACCAGUUCGAGUACAACAGUUCAUAAUUAAUGCUUUGAAACCAUAUGUAUCAGAAGACGAAGAAUAUGAGUUGUUUAUGCAUUUUUCUAGCCUUUUAUCAUUAAGCAUAGUGAGUGGAUUGCACAUAUUGGUGUGUGGAUGCUUAUUUUUUAUGCUGGUUCUCCUGAAUGCUUUAGCUCUGAGAUCAUCAUCAAUUAAAUCAGGAACAGAGUCACCUGCAUGUGUGUUUUCACAGACCACUGUCAUUAGCCCUGUUGAAAUUACUCCUAAAACUGGUUUUUCUGAUAUAUCUCGAAAGCUUUGUGUACCACAGAAAUCCAGCCUCAGAGUUGCAUCAAACUUUCGAAGAGAAAGACGGAAAUUGUACAGGGACUAUAGAGCAUCUGAAUUUUCAGGCUUGUCAGAUGAAGAAACUUGCAAUGGGGAAAAUUUCCUUAAGUGUUUGACAAAGAAUCGUAAAGAUAUUGCUGAUUUAUCUGAUUUUAUCGAGUGCAAGCCAUGGAGAGACUACAAUGCUCGUCUCUUCUCAAAAUCUAGAAUACAGUUCAGGAGAUUGCAAGAAUCUGCAAGGCGUUUGCGGCUGAAGAAGAUGCAAGUUCAUAAUUCUGUGAAACGUGGAGGCAAAAGGAAGUGUAAAGGAAAGUCGGUAAAAGUACAAAGUAUUUAAAAGUGAACGUGUAUAGGUCAAACUUCUCUUUUGGAAAUAUACCAGUUGACUCCAGAGCAUAAAGGUCAAAGUUAUGUCCCUGUGUCUACCUCAACAUCAUUAUCACCAAUUCACCAUUGAGAAUAUUAGGAUCGGCAUGCUAAUCUAGUGGCGAAGCGACGUAGAUAAACAACACUUCGUCAAACUACAUUUGUAUUCCUAACUAAAUCCUAGACAAAUCUUUUGACAAGUUCAAAAUCAAUUGACAGGGACUAUAUUAGAUGAUCUAAGAUCAAGUGAUCAAGUAUCUAGGUUGAAGCUGCUUCUGACUAGUGAGGAUAAUCAAUGAUUUGUCAUACAACUUACUCUUGACUGAACAUAUUAGGAAGAUCUUUCCUUCAUGUUGAGAGGUAGCUAAGCUUAGAGCUAAGUUUUCAGGCUUAGAUAUGACACAAGUUUAGAGAUUUUGGACCCCUACAUUCACAAAAUGUGAUAAAA